GCCUCCCGCGAGUCAGCUCGCGCACUGGCGCUAAUAAGAGCUGAAAUAUUAUAGCUCUAUUGUAUCGGGGGAAAAAGAGAGGUGGAGAAGAGGAGGGAGGGGGGGACGCUUUUUUGGCGUGACACGUCGCACUUCUCCCAAACCUUUCCCAAUUUCUCUCUCGCCUUUAGUUCGGCUACGGCGGCUGGCAGCGGUCAAAAGUGGCCGCGCGCGCGCUCUGGCGAUUCCGUUUCGCUCAUAGACAUGAUUCUUGUUUUUAGUUCUGGCGGCUCGGUGCGUUCCGACCACCGCAGUGUUUUGACUCGAGGCUGAAGUGUGCUGUGUGUUUGUUUGGUUUUUUUUCUCCUCUGUGUCCUGCUGUAAAGCAUGGUCAUGGCUGACUGUGAGCCGAAAGCGGCGCUCCGCGGGCCGGUGCGUGUGGGCUUCUACGACAUCGAGCGCACGCUCGGCAAAGGAAACUUCGCUGUGGUCAAACUGGCGAGACACAGAAUCACCAAAACUGAGGUGGCCAUAAAGAUCAUAGACAAGACCCAGCUGGAUUCGGUAAACCUGGAGAAGAUCUAUCGCGAGGUGAAGAUCAUGAAAAUGCUGGACCACCCACAUAUCAUUAAGCUGUACCAGGUCAUGGAGACCAAGAAUAUGCUCUACUUGGUGACAGAAUAUGCCAAAAAUGGGGAAAUUUUUGACUAUCUGGCCAAGCAUGGACGGCUGAGUGAGCCUGAAGCCCGUCGCAAGUUCUGGCAGAUUCUAUCUGCAGUGGAAUAUUGCCACAACCGCAACGUUGUACACCGGGACCUGAAAGCUGAGAACCUGCUGCUGGACGGACACAUGAACAUCAAGAUUGCAGAUUUUGGCUUCGCAAACUUCUUCCAGCCAGGAAAGCCUUUGGCCACGUGGUGUGGCAGUCCACCAUACGCCGCCCCUGAAGUGUUUGAAGGACAGCAAUACGAAGGACCACAGUUAGACAUCUGGAGCUUGGGGGUGGUCCUUUACGUGCUGGUGUGUGGAGCCCUGCCUUUUGACGGUCCCUCUCUACCUGUGCUACGGCAGCGCGUGUUAGAAGGCCGCUUCCGAAUCCCAUACUUCAUGACUGAAGACUGCGAGCAUCUGAUCAGGAGGAUGCUGGUGUUGGACCCGUCCAAGCGGCUCUCGGUGGCUCAGAUUAAGGAGCACAAGUGGAUGGUGCUGGAGGUUCCCGUACAGAGACCCCUCCUCUACCAGCAGUCCAGCACGGCAGAGGACGACGCCGGACUGGGAGAGUACAGCGAGCAGGUCCUGAGGCUCAUGCACAGCCUCGGCAUCGACCAGCACAAGACUGUAGAGUCUCUCCAAAACAAAAGCUAUAACCACUUUGCUGCAAUUUACUACCUGCUGGUGGAGAGACUGAGAGCGCACAGAUCCAGUUUCCCCGUGGAGCCGCGUCUGGAUGCUCGCCAGCGCAGACCCAGCACCAUCGCUGAUCAGACCAUGGUGAAGUCGAGCAGCGGCGCUCCCCAGGUGAGCCUAAUGCCCCAAAAUGUGCGUCUGCUGCGUUCGCUGGCUGUGCCUCAGGCCGGCGCCGACUCCUACGCCUACCCACAAUCCUCCUGUGCGCCCGAUCACAGCCUCAUGGAGGAGGAGGUGGGAACUCCCAAAGUGGACGGCUGCAUGCUGGACCCUCUGCCUCCGGUGGCGGUGCGGAAGUCCAGCACGUCGUCCCCCAGUAACAUGAUGGAGACGUCUAUAGACGAAGGCAUCGAGACGGAGGACCCGGAUGCUGAAGAGGAAGCUGCACACGCCUUCAAUGCCUACCAGACAACCCGCUUUGGCCAGCGCAGACACACACUGUCCGAGGUCACCAACCAGCCGGGAGUGCUGAGCAGCGCAGGGAAGUUGUUCUCGCUAGGCAGCAUGGACUCUGAGUACGACACCGGCUCCAUGCACAGUGAUCUGAGCCUGCUGGAGGAUGCGUCCUCCAUUAACGAAGCCGUUCUAGCCAACGCGUCCAUCAGCCGCGUGACUCCACCUUUUAUCAGCCGCGUGACUCCGCCCAACCCGGCCAUGCAUGUGCUGAGCUCACAGAGGAGAGAGACUCACAACCGCUCACCUGUCAGCUUCCGAGAGGGACGCCGGGCAUCGGAUACGUCACUCACACAAGGUAUGGUGGCAUUUCGGCAGCAUUUACAAAAUCUGGCUCGUGCAAAAGGCAUCCUGGAGCUCAACAAGGUUUAUGAGCAGAUGGGCUCUGGGGAGAAUCCCUCGCUAGGACCGUUGAACCCCCAGACACACCCACACAACCCUCUGGAUCCCUUACUGCAGGGAGGUGGAUGCCACCAGCAUGACAUGGCGCUGUACUCAGGUGGACCUUCACUGUCCAGGAGACAGAGUCUGGAGCCGCAGUACCCCUCACACAGAAUGCCGAAAGCGAACCUGAUGGCCAGCCCCGGGAGCUGCCAUAUGUUCUGUAAAGAGACUCCUCGCAGCCUAGAACAGCAGCUGGCUGAGCACAGGUUGCAGCAGAAGAGGCUGUAUCUUCAGAAGCAGUCUCAAAUGCAAGCCUAUUUUAACCAGAUGCACAUAGUGGACGGGACGUAUGCCUCUUGCCCACCAAUAAGCCACCAGGACUCUCAGGCCCAAAGCUCGAUAUCACACCAGCAGCAGAAUACGCAGCCUUUCGGUCCUAUGAUGGAGCCUGGCAGUGACACCCUGACCUAUGACCCCUACCUGGGUCAUUACCCCCAGCUGCAGCACUCCUCUCUUCCCCCUGGCAUUCCCACCCAGCUCCAGAGUCAGCAGCCCUACAGCUACCAACCGCAUGAGCCGGGCCAUUGCCAGCUGGGUGAGGUUCUGUACCAGGAGCAAUACGAUCCCCCGCUGGAGCCUGGCCAGCCUCCUCCCCUGUGUGCAGCAGCAGGGGUGCCAACUCCGGCACCGGGGUACGAAGGCCUCAAAAUGGCAGACGCCUUUGCAGACAGUGAGAUGAUGGAGACGGUGGACUCGCAGCACGGCUUCGUGCUGGUCAAAUAAGCCUGAUCGAUUGUGAGAGGUACACAGUAUUACCUUGAGUUCUGAUUUCGGAAUAGGGAGAAAGGAGGAAAAAGAUACAGGUACAGCAAUUGACCACAGUUUGCGUAAAACAAGAACUUUUUGGUCACAUUCUUUUGUUUUUCAACCUGAAUCCUCCCGAACUCCUCGAACGCUCUCCAGUGACUGUGUUCUCCCAGGAAAACGCUAUUGGAGGAGCAUGGUUGGAACUGUGAAAGCUCUCUUCUCAUCCUGGACUGACAAACAGCCAUGUUAGUUCAAGCUGGAUGUUUUCGUGUAGCAUACACAGCUGAGAUACGCCCAGCGGAGCCUGGCCAAGAGCACAAACUCAUGACACGUUUGGUAUUGACACAGAACAAAUGUUUCACUCUUGUCAUCUUUAGUUUGUGGGCUGUCUUUUGAGGAUGAAACUUGUUCAAUUUGCACGCUUGUUAAGUGCAGUGUUAGAACUUCUACAGCAAUACUGAAGCAAUAGAAUCAUGCUGGAUUGAACAAAGCCAUACUUUUGGGACAAGAUGCAGUUCAAACAUUGGAUGGUGGGAAUGAUUGUCACAUGUCACAGCCCGCUUUGGUUUCAUCCCACAGUCCAUAAGUACGCAUUUUCUAUUCUGUAGUAUUGUUGCUUGCUGGUAGGAACAGUGCAGAAACAAAUUCACUACUGUUUUAUUACAGCAAAGCAAUGUGGGAUGAAUCACAAUAUCCUUCUUACACUGUUGAUUAACAGGGAGGAGCUGUAUCGUGGAUGACACUACCGUCUGGGUGUGUUCACCACGUGAGCAUGGCGUUUUCCAUUGAACUCCUCCAAUUAUGAUUGACACUACAUGGAUAUCUGAAGGAAUGUGUUAAUAUAAAAGGUUUCAUUGGAAAUUUUAGUCAACACUGGAUUAUGGCCAACUGAUCAUGUUCAUUCUUUUUUUUCAGCACUCAGCAAAUCUACUUGAAUAGGGUAUGUGAUUACAGAAUUCUGGUAAAUAGGAGAAAGAAGGUUGGUAAACGUUGAGGCUUUGCAGCAGAGGUCAGCUUCUGGCCAACAUGAUCCUGGAGCACUUUUUGUUUUGUUUUUUUUUUUCCCAAGGAAGCAAAAGGAAAUGUAGCGAAUGUGGAUGUAGCAGUCCAACCUGCUCUGCUAGUCCUGUCAAAUAAAACCAAGAGACAUCAAAUUCUGCUCUCGCCAGUUACGUAAACGACAAGCCGCUCCAUCUGACGCUGCAGGAGUCUGACGCUCCACUCAGUGCUUGUUGUAGGCUGUGUAUAAAUUAGGGGCAAGACGCCGUUGAAGAGCUUUCACAACAUAAGGAAUCCUUUUUAGCGUGAUAGUGUUCAGUGUGCCUUUUCUUUAUUCUUUCUAAAUUAAGAUCCAAAUAACUAUUUUUCGGUUUGAUUCUCUUGCUGGUCUGGUAUAAAUAACAGGAUUUAAGUAGAACCAGGUUUUUUAAAAGGUACAAAACCAAAGUCCUCUCCGAAGUUUCCCUGUACAAGGCCACCAUGUGAAGUUUGGCGCUUAUUGUUUAGUUAAUAGACAGUGCUUUUCUUUGUCAAUCAGUAUACACAGAUGAAAAGAAUUAAGAGCAAUAUUUGUUAUGAAUACUUAUAAAAGAAUCAUGAAUGUGUUACAGUAUCAUAAUCACAUUUCCAGCUGCCAAAUACCGUUCUUUAGAAAUCCAGUUCUAUAUUUAGGCUCAUCGUUGUGACCACACAUAAGCUAACCUGCAGUCGAGAUUAAAAAGGUUUGUGAACAACA